ACAGGGAAUAAACAGUUUCUCCCCGAAGGUUUCCCGCGGACUGAAGCAUCUGGUGGUUUCUCCUUAAUUACGUUGCUGGAUUGCCUGGCGUGAGGGAGGGAAGGAGGGAGAGAGAGGAGAGUGUGAGAGAGGAGGGAGGCGAGGCAGGGAGGGUCAGAGAGGAGUAAGUGAAGGAAGUAAAGUAAGAUGGUGCAGGAUUGAAUAGUGAAGGUUCAAGGUGAGAUGGACGGCAGGCAGGUGAUGCAAGGCGUGGCGGCGGGAGGGCAGCGGGAAGGUACCCUGUGGGUGUGUGUCACUGGACAGCAUGCAGCACGCAAACACAAGCUCCUGCUCUCACCGCCUCUUGCACCUCUGCACCCUCUCCCCCACCACUGCACCCUUGACCCCCCCACCAGUGCACCACAUGGUAUGACAGGCACGAGCGUCAGUCUUCCAGGAGGGCCGGCGGGGCGGUGGCGGACUGGCUGCGGUGUUCAGUGUUCAGUGCUGGGGCGGCCACGGAGACGCUCAGCCGCUUUCCUCCCUGCUCCGCCCGCCACUGUGUACAUAUUGCAGCGGGUGGAGCAGUGUGUGUACAUACCUGUUGUGUGUGUGUGUGUGAGAGAGAGAGAGAGAGAGAGAGAGUGGAUGUGUGGGUGAGUGGAUGGAUGGUAAGAGUAACAGCAAGCAGUGUUGCGGUGCGAGGCCUGUGCUGUUAAUCCGUGAGUGUUGAUGACUGGCGUGUGGCGAGGUUGUGUGUAGUCCCGAGAGGACAUGCAGGAGCGGCUGGUACAGGGGGGCAGGACGGGGCAGCCCCUGGAUGGGGUGGUCGCGCCCCAUGCCGCGGAGGCCAAGAUGCGCCUCCUUGGCGGUGAGGUUGACGGCGGGGGACCUCGCUCCCCUCAGAAUGGUGUGCUCCCUUUGGCCUUCUCUCCUGCUGAGGACAGCGAGCAGGGCGUCGCGUCGCCUGAACAGCCUCAAUCUGGCAGUGACUCAGAGAGUGUUUACCAGUCCCAGCGGGGCGCUCAUUCACCCGCCGCCGACCUUGUCUCAGACGCUGACUCCUGGGACGACCUUGAGAAGAGUUUUGCCCGUGUGUACGAGCCCAUCCCUGGCCGCCUGCUACCUGGCGGGGUGCCUGGCAAGGGCCCUGAUGCUCCGUUACAGCCGGACUGCGGCAGCGGCAGUGGACGGCCCCGCCAGCAGCAGGUGGUGGCGCAAGUGCACUUUGCCGCUAGUGACACAGACAGUGACUUCGGGGAGACAGACUAUGUGACGCGAUCUGAACUGUACCGCAACAUCCAGAACCUGCAGGACACGCUGGCCCGCCGGGAGGAGGAGCGCAAUGACGACGCACAGUCGUGGCGGUCCCUGCCCAGCCAGUGUGACGACCCUGUGUACAUCUCCCGCUCAGAGAUUUUAUCCAGAGUGGACCCCACGUAUGCUUCGCGAGCUGAGGUGGCGAAGGCCGGCAAAAAGGCGUGCACCAGAGAGGCCACGUACGUGUCCCGCGCAGAGAUCCUGGCGCGCCUCAAGGAGAUGAGGGAAGGCGAGGACGAGCGCGGUCUCUCACCCGCACACGUGGUGGACGCCAACUGGGAUGUAUGUUCUUGUGUCUCUUGUGAGCACUGUGGCACUGAACACGCCUCUGCCUCCGAAGCUGAGUGUCCGUGCGGUGCCGGAGCUGCAAGCAAGAGACAUGAAGGGCUCGCCCAGCGCCCGAGAUCCUCCUCACCCGCCGCCCGCUCGCUCCUCUCCCAAGACUCUUGGUCCAACGGAGAGUUUGAGAAAAUUUACGAGCCGGUGCACGGACUACGACAGGAACACCUGGUGAAUCGCACCCUGGAGGAGCAAGAGAAGCGCCUCAGGAAGCUGGUGCGCGCUGAGGAGAAGCGUGCCUCCCUCCGCAGGCCCCAGUAUCUUCCCGUGGACGUGUGGAGUGUCAGCGAAAGUGAGGACGUGUAUGAGUCCCUGGCCAGGGUGGCCCGCGCUUCGGUUCGCGCUGGCGGGCCCGGUGGAGGCAGUCAGCGUGGUGGGGCGAGGCGGAACUCGGAGAUUGAGGUGGAGCAAUACGUGAAGGAACUGUUGCUGGGGCGUGACGGGGAUCCAAACCACAUCCCCGAGGACCCCGUGGUGCAGGCCAUCACGCGCCACAUUUGCCACCACCUACACACUAGGCAGUUCAAGAAUGAAGAGGAGAGGAAUCAUGAGAUCAAGGAGCAGCUGAAGGAGGCGCUGUCGCAGGACUGGGAGACGCUGAGCAAUAUCAAUCUGGGCCACAUCUACGUGCCCAUGGAGGAGAGUACCAAGAGCAGCCCCAAGCUGCCCCCGCGUGAGAACACAGACUAUGACACCUUCGGCAGUAUUGACUCCCUCAUUUUUGAGCCCAAAGUGGCGACGCCUCACAACGAGGAAGACGUGGACCACCUGCUGGACCUGGCCCUCGAACAGCCCUAUGGUGACCCUGCCUUAGCCACCAAGACCCUGCUGGCGGCACAGGAGGCCCGAGGGAAUGUGAAAGACGACCAUAAUGAGAAAGAAAGGGAGAAGGAGAAGGAAAAGGAGGAAGAGGAGGAGGAAACUCCUGUACCGACCCCAGUGUCAUCUGCCACGCUGCCAGAAAGUGAACCAGACCAUUUCCUUUAUGAUGCGGACGAAGAGGCGACUCAACAGGACAAGCAGGCUGAUCGAUUCUCGAGGACCAGGAAGAAAGGCUCCUUCCUGGGUGGAGCCACACAUCAGUCCUCUCCGCCGUGGCCACAGGACGCGAGUUUGCUGGACCACAGAAGUAGUGGUGCCAAGUUGCCUCUCCGCCAGAAAAUAUACAAUGGGCUGGUUGGUUUGGGGUUUCUAAAAUUUGGUGCAAAGGACGUCAAAAACUCUCCCCCCGUGCUGCUGACCAGCGGCGGCGUGCUGAACAAUCCCCGCCAUCCGGAGUCCACAGAGGCCAAACCCCUGAGGAAGGCGGAACUGGCCCUCACACAGAAGGACUUACAGAGGUACGAGUCCUUCAAGCUGGACUUUCAGCGGCUGUCUGGCGGGUUGCUGCGGCUGCCCAGCGAGGAGGACUCCACCUACGACUACCACCCCGACCACCGCUCACCCCUGGAUCUGGGCGGUACCAGCACCACCACCACCAGCAGGGACACGGCAGACUCCGAGACGGACAGCGCCGCCAGCGUGGAGAGCAUCAUCUACCGCGGGGCGCUGGUGGAGCCCGAGCAGCGCCGCAAGAAGCUGCAAUCAGCGUUCCGGCACAAGUUUGUGGUGAAUCGCGGCAACGAGUCAGACACGAGCGACGUGCUGGAGAACAAGUCAGUGAGUCUUGGCACACAGCCCUACUUAGACUCAGACACCUCGUGGGACUACAUGGAGGCAGGUUACGCACUACAAGACUCUAACAGGUACAACCCCGCGCCCAUCACCGUGCCCGGGCCCCACGUUGUGGCCAACCUGCGUCGCAAGUCCUCCAAUGCCCUGGAAGACCUCGAGGCACCGCACUCCAUGGAGACACUGCUGGAAGAUUCAGACCGACCCCCCACCGCUCCCUCCUCCUCCGUAUCGCUCUCCCCAGCCUUGCAGUCCGAACCUUCCACGGAGCUCGGCGAGGAGGACGGCCGCCGUUUAUUUCGCGCCUACCAGCAACGGCAGAUGCGCGCGUGCGAGGAGGCGCGACCCGGCGGAAGCACCACCACCGCCACCUCCCACGACUACCAAGAUGAGGACGUGUACGACGUGUGUGGGCGUGCUCGCCAGCAGACUCCUCCGGUGGUGUUGCUGAAGCACCACGUGUACCAGAGCAUCGAGUCCCUGGCCUCGCGCCUCUCCUCAGUGGCUUCCCUCAAGACUGCCGCCACGGACGCCACGCUGGAGGAGGGCGAGCUGCAGAUGUACGGCUCGCGGCACGGUGAGCCCAUCUACGGCGUGCGCAACUCGCGUCUCUUCCACUCCAUGAACGGCGCCUUCGUGAGUCGGGAGGGCGAGGAUAGUGCCAAAACGCCCGUGGUGAUCCGCAAAGGCCAGGCGGUUGAGCUGACGGAGGAAAUGUUCAAGGCCGGCUCCGAGGAUGGCAUGGACCACCUGGCCAACAUGACCUUCCACACCACGCUGCUGCCCGCCGCCAGGGACAAAAUGUUCUUCCACAAUACCGUCUCCUCUACAGAGUCCCGCGAAGUGCACUCCUAUGAAAAUGACAGUGAAAUCUACGGCACGCGAGCAGAGGUGUGCGCUGAGAUGAUGCGGGCUUCCGGGAAACGACUGGUGGGGGAGGGACAGAAGGAGGAGCAGGGGGAGGAGAGGGAAGGUCAGGAAAGUGCCGUAUUAACACCAGCAGUGGCCUCAGCAGAUGAGCCUGAAGGAGUGAAGGAACAGGAGCCCCGUGGCGAGAAUGAGGACCAGGGCACCUCUACAGACAAGAUCAGGCGCGUGCAGCGUCUAGGUGUGAGCAUUACCGGCAACAACGAUAUGAUGAUCCGGGAGUUGAAACUUAAACUUAGGAGCAAGUUUAGUGACAGCCAGGAAGAGGUGGAGGAGGAGCACGUGGGAGGGGAGGACGUCGUGAAGGGACCCUUGGCGGCCAGUCUGUCCUCAGACUCCGUGGCCCUAAGGAGGGAGCAGCUGGCGCCACACAUGAACAAGAUUCUAGGCCACCUGCAGCAGCGACACCUGAACGAGAGUCUUUCAGCGAAACAGGAAGCUGCAGCCCCGGGAAGCUGCCCUGCCGCGGCCCCGCCAAGCCCGCCACAGCCCGAGCAGGGGGUGGAAGAUGAGAAGCAGCAGAAGAAUGAGAGGGAAAAGGAGAGGGAGACCAUUCGUGUGGAGAGAGAGGACGGGCGGGUGGAUCAGGUGUAUGUGCCCACCCCAGACUACACCCCCGCCUCCACCCUACCCAGGGACAGACCCACCUCCCCCCCGCCACCCCUGCCGCCCCUCCACAGCUUCCCCUUGCAUGACCUCAGCUUUGAUUUGGCUGACCUGGCCAAGUUUGUUCACGAUCACUUCGCCCAGAACAAAGACAUGUACCUGGACCAAGACCGCUACAACCACAACCGCUACCGCCGCCACCACCACCACCAUCACCACCACCAGGCCGGCGAUGAUCCUCGCCCGCCUCACCACGCAGACACCCCUGCUGGUCAUCAGGACGUCCUUGACUUGGAUGUGAGACGCAAACUGGCGGACCUGAACGCCACGUGGUCUGACCUGGAGAGCAUCAUCUUUGCUGACGAGGAGAAGAGACACGAGAUGGAGGCGGCCACGGAGAGCAUGCUGCCCAUGAGCCGCAUGGAAGGCUACCGGGGCGGCGAGGUCCUGCUGUGGGAGCAGCUGGCCAAGAUGAGGCGCAGCACGGCACCCGAGGACCAGGAGCGCUGGCAGCUGGAGAAGACCAAGAGGAUGCUGCUGUGGAUCCACCUGAGCGGCGACAACACCUACGCCAGGUGGUGCCACGGCAGCCGCUGGUGGAAGGCCAAACAACGAGCCUCAGUGUCCUGGAUUGUGCAGAAAGCCCACAAGAACAAGGUGCCGACGGACCUUCAGGACCCAUACUACCGCGACUAUGAGGGAGUGGAGCACCUCAAGCCGGGCAUCGUGCACCGGUUGGCCAACGCAGACUUGUACUGCUCAGCGCUGGCCAACAUCUAUGGUGAUCCCAACUUCCACAACCUCAGCCACUGGAACAUCAUCCAGGCGCUGGCCCGGAAAGGGGUGUACGUGGCGGAGCCCACCGACGUUGCACUCACCGAGACCGUCCUCAUUCAGGUCUCCCCCAUCAAAAUGUCUGCUCAUUUGGCUGUGAUAGAGGCCAUGAUGGCGCUGUACAUCCGGGAGGUGGUGGUGGCAGAGCGGGUGGUGUCGGUGCUGCAGCGGGUGGGGGGUGGGGCAGUGCCGGAGCGGGCGCAGGAUCAGGAGGAGGCACUGGUGCUGUGGGUGAGCUGCAUCACUCAGGCACUGCAAGACCGCAUCCACCACCACGCACAAGCACAGGAGCAGGAGUUGCCAGUGUUUCCUCGCAUCCAGGACUUGAGUGACCUAAGUGACGGCAUAGGCCUGGCAGCACUGGUGGCCUUCUACUGCCCUCAGGAGCUCUCAUGGCAGGACAUUGCUGUGGCCGAUCCUCCCUCCAUUGCUGACUCCCUCUAUAAUGUUGGCCUAGUAACCAGGUUCUGUCAAGAGAGUCUCCCAUACAACCCUUGUCUCCUAACCAAAGAAGAUGUUGUAUAUAUGCACAGUUCCGUGAAACAAAAUGUUUUAGCAUUUGCUGCUGAGCUGUUUUUCCUUUUGGAGCUUGAGCCAGUGUCCUGUGUGUCCCUGCCUGGCAGCAGAAAGAUGUCUACCAAGUACAUCCAGCUGUCUUCACCAGGUGGUGGUGGGUGUAGCGGCUGGAGUGGGUACCACAGAAGCAUGAAGGUUAUUCCAGACCUCCGGGCGAGUCUCUCGCCUUCUUCUGCCCACUCCACUGCUUCCUCCUCCUACUCUUCUGCCCGGUCCUCUACCCACUCCCAGCAGAGGUCUCCCUAUUCCACGCUGAGAGGUCGGGGUGGAGGCAAAUCACCAUCCUCCGGGGAAAGCGGAUCAGGCUCAGGGACAGGGACAGGGUUAAGGCGGCAGCAGUCCCUGACGGAGCGGGAGCGACCACGCAGGGACAGAGCCUCCGUUCAUGAGGGUGACGAGGAGGGAGCAUGUGGGGGUUUCAACUGGGUGUCUAUAUACCCACAAUGGUGGUGGUCAUGCAAUCACAAAGUGACAGACCGAGAGUGUAUUUACUGCUGGCGACAGUACCAGUCGCAGCCAUUUGGCGACCAGUACUCUUACUACCUGGCCUCAGCCCAAACCUGCCAGCCCUCGGGGCACGUCCCGGCAGCAGGGGCUGGGUCAGGCCACAGCCAAGGGCACAGCUACGGCUCAGGUCUUCCUCAGGGCCUCAGCUACAACAUUCCAGCCCGAGAUGCUCCGGCUCACCAUCACCACCACCCUUCUGGUCACGGCCUGUCACAUGAGCGUGUUAGGGCACGGGCCAGCCACCCAAUCCGCUUAGAGGCCUAUGCCAUGAAGCCGGCCGGAGCUCCAAGCGUCCGCCGUUCACAGUCCAUGAACCUCAACGACAUGACAGACCAGCGGGUGCGUCUUGAUCACAGGCAGCCAGAGAGGUUUGAGAACACCCCUUCCUCUUAUAACAGUGACUACGGUGGCCGAGACAGUUCAAUGAGUGAUGGACAGGAAGGAGACUUUGUCGUCCAGCGAUCCAAAGGUCUGUCCACACUGAGUGACAUGAUGCGGACACAGUCUCCACGUCCCUCCCACGACUUCGACAACAUCCCCUACUCAUCUAGGUCUGCAGUGAAGGAGAAACUGAAUAUGGACAGCAAGGAGGAGGAGCUUGGAGAAAGAAGCAGAGGUCUGGGAAGACGAGGAAGCUUUAACAACUCCCAUCCGGACCUACCUGCCGCUGGCAUGCCCUCCCGGUAUGAGGAGCGCCCACAUGGACGCUCCAGGUCACGACGCAACUCCAUCAGUGCUGAGGACUCCCAGCUGACCAUAGAAAAUUUUGGUGGGAGUCAAGAUAACUUGAAUUACAUUUCUAGAAAUCCUGAUAAAGAGCAGUUUAUCCAUUCUGGGAGAAGAGAGAGCUCAAAUAUGGAAGGUCCACUGUCGAGGGAGGGGAGCAUGAGGCCAGAGUCUCGAAGCAGUCGUGAGCGAAGUGUUGAGAGACGACUGGACCUCCACCGGGGAAGCACAGAGGAACUAGACAAUCGUUACGUGGACAAAUUAGAGAAAGAGGCUCUAGAGCGAGAGAAACGUGACUUGUCAAUGUAUGCCAGUAAAGAGAAACUCUUGGUGCAAGAUCAAAUGAAAAGUACCAUAGAGGUUGCAGACUCGGGUAGUGAGAGUGAUGUUUCCUUUGAUAGGGAUAAGCAGAUGGUGAAGGCCACUAGUUUUGCUGAAUUAUCAAAGUUGAAGGAGCAACUACCAAGUGGUAUCAAUAUCAUAUACAUGCAGUCAGAUAAAGAAGAUGGCUCUAAGAGAAGCAGCAAAAGCUCAGAGAAGAAGACCACUUUUGCUGCACUGCCGAACCAGACCACCUGGAAGCAGCAGACAGCACAAAGCCAUUCCGAUGACAACAAGUCAGCAAGUGAUGAAAACAUGGAGCCUCAGGUGAUGGCAUCAGAGCUGCACAAUGUGAGGCUGAAGUUGGAGGAGAAGAGGCGGAGGAUAGAGAAUGAGAAGAGGAAGAUGGAGCAAGCAAUGAACAAUCAGCGACAAAAGCUUGGCAAGGAGGCAUUCAUGCAGGCUGUGGUGAAGGGGGGCAAAGGGUCCUCCACUGGGUCCUCAACACCCACCACCUCAGACCCUGAUGCUCAGGACACUAUGGUGGACUCAGUGGAACAGUCCGUACCCAAACAUCCUUCCUCUAACGUCAUCACAGCCACUCAACUUAAUCCAGACUUGUCACUAAAGGACAUAAGCUCUGAGGUGAACAAUGUGUCUCGGCGGUGGUUGGAGGGGGAGGCCCAGAGUGAGGAGGUGCAGACGCCUGACUUGGAUACAAUGGACUACGACCAGUACCACCAGUCUCUAACUCAUGGGGAGAGUGGUAUGGAAGAUUCUCGACGCUCUUCCAUGGACAACCCUUAUGCAGCACAGUUGCGGCGAAAAUCUUACAUAGGGCCAGAUCCCCGAGAACGGACUCCCACACGCUCACCUAGACCGGAUCUGCGUCGCAUGAGCCUUUACCUCGAGCCUGGCUCCUGGCGCGCCGGCCACGACCUUGGGCUGCUCCCAUCAGCACCCCCGCGUCGCAUCUCCAUGGGCCCAGACUCUUUUACACCACCUUACAGGAUGACAGAUUCCCUCACGGAGAUCCAGGGUGACAUCCAGCGCCUCUCUCAUCAGCAGCAGCAGAUUCAGAGCCUCAUGCACAACGGAAUGAACUCACCAGCCAGCCAAGCAAUGCAGCAGCCACCUGGACAGUUUUACCUCCAUGACCAGCAGCAGGGCAGUCCUGUGAGACGGCUAUGGGGGCAGCAGCAGCCACCCGGUGACAGUUAUGCCUCCAUGUCUCCUGCAUCUCGGCGAGCCCAGUGGGGUCCUGCCAGGCCAAUGAUGCCUCAAGGGGACUACAUGAUGGCCCCACAGCACCCAGGCUACUACCCUGGCUACCAGAUGAACCACAUGGGCCAGAUGCCACCUCAACCCCCAAUGCCCUCAGCUGCUGGCCAGGGCUUCAUGCUGCACGGUCAGCCUCAGUCCCUCCCCCACCACAAUAUGUACCAGAAUGGACAAGGUUACUACAGCCCAGAGCACCAGUAUAGAGGUUAUCCUUCCACUGCACAAACCUAUGGCUCCAGUGACCAGCAGAGACAGAUGGGGCAGACUCCUCCCUUCAGAUUACACAGGGAAGGUGGGAGUAGUGGUGGUGGUGAGAGUUGGGGAGGAAGUGGGGGAGACAGUCGGGGUCCCAGCAGCCUUAGAUCCAGUGCACAGUCAUCUCCAAGCAGACAGCCUAUGCAGCGACAGCAGAAGUCCCCUAGUCCUCCACGGCAGCCUCUCAUCUCCCACCACGCUCCUGUGGCUGCCCCUCCUCCAGAUGACAUGGAGCCACAAAGUGUCUCCUUCAUUAACUCCACAGAUGAUCAGAACAGUGAAAAUCAAAGAGAUGACAGUGAUAUGAAUGAUAAAUUUAAGAGAUUAUCCAUCACCUCUGGCAGUAAAACUUAUCGUAUCUCUCAUGAGCCUGGUUCACCAACCAGACCAAGCUUGGGGGUCAAAACAUACAGGGUUCCCACUAAGAGAGGGACACCAGUCAUUGAUUAUGUUGACCUUCCUCAGCCUGCUCCCCCACAAAGGUCACGGACUCCACCUUACCACCAAGAUAAUGGCAAUGAGGAUGAUGAUGAACUAAAUAUUAAAGCUGAGCCUCUCCAAGAAGGUGUUAAAGGUGACAAAGGAUUUUAUAUUUCUUUUGAUAGUGACUCAGGGCCUCGGAAACCAAAACCACAAUUGCGAAGCAAAAAAAUGUCUCGGAAAAAUUCCAGUCCUUCUACACCAGCAACAACACCAAGCAAGGAAGAUCUUCCUGUUAUACCUAACCGACCCAGUCGGACCUCCAAUGACUCCUUAGACCACCACCAUGGCAGCAUGACCCCACAUAGUAGCCCCAGCAUGGCCCAAUGUACUUUUGCUCCCACUAGUCCAAAGUCAGACAUGAAGGGUGGCUGGCCACCACCACAAGCCAAUGGGCUGGUCCAUAAACCUCCCUCUGAACCUGAGAGAGAGGAGGAGCAUGAAGCUGCUUCCUCACAGCCAGAGGAAGUGACUACCUUAUCUAAUAAGAGCAGAAGCAAAGAACCAAGUGCUGCUAUGGCUUUAGUCAUUGGAGAAGACAUAGCUGACGCCGAGAAUUCUAGUGCAUCCGAGAUGGAGAAGAAGAAGGAAAGGCUGAUGAUGCUGUCCAUGAAGCGCAAACAGGAACAGGAGGAGGCCAGAUUAAGGAAGGAGAUGGAAGCUCAAGAGAAGAGAGAAGCAGAAAAAUUAAAAGAGGAAGAAAAAUUGCGGAAAAAGGAAGAAGAGAAAGCUCGGAGGCAAAUGAUUCUCGAGAGAUAUAAAAUCAAGAAAGCCAUGGAAGAGGCUGAGAAAGAGGGUCGCUACUAUGAGCCUCCCCCUGGCAUGAGCCCAGACCCACCAAGUUCCUCCCACGGUAAGCCAUCUGUGAGACUAAGAAACAAGCCACCUGGAGGAGGCGGAGGGCGGCCCCGGCCUAAGACUAUGGCCGGCUCCUCAGUGCCAGAUGUCACUGAUGAGAUGAUGUAUCCCAGUCAUAGCAAGAAAGGCAGCACCCAGAAUAUAGCUGGGGAGGUUGGGAGGAGAGGCGAUGGCGGUGGGCCCGGCAGUAUGAGGAAGAGCAGUGGACGCUGGGGCUCCUCCCACUCCUUGUCCCGUGCAUCCGGCUCUCGCGGGUCCAACUCCAGCCUCACCGGAGACUACCCCAGCACCUCGCGCACCCUGGACCGAGGUCACACUGGCAGGCGACCCACCUCAGUCAUUGGGUAUUCCUCCCUGGCACGCGGGGAGGACAGGAAGCCUUCACUGUAUAGGUCCCAAGGUGCGGGCCUCAAUUAUGGUGAGGAUUACCGUGUGCACGAGGCCAGGAGACCCAGCCUGGCAGUAGAGGGUGGGGGCUCCAGGCUGAGGCGGGGAUACAAUGGGGGUCCCGCUGGAGGCUAUCGAAAGUACCGGUCCACAGGCAACCUGAGUGGUCAGAGUGAGCAUGACAGCUUGGUGUACCAUAUGAGUGAAGACAGUGGGCUGGGCCGUGCCACUCCUCCACGCCGUGCUCCCUCGCCUGGCAUGGCUAGACACCUUCCCUCUCCAUCAGGCCCAGGGUCACUCCCUCCAGGCCUUUUCUCUAAGCGGAGACAGGGAGGCUUUGAUGAUGCUGCCAGUGAUAUUUCAUCCACCACCAGCUCUACGAUGGAUUACCAUGGAGGCCCAAGACUGUUCAAGCAGCCAACAGCUAAGUCAAACAGGACUAUUAUUCUUAAUGCAGUUGAAUAUUGUGUCUUUCCUGGCAUGGUGAACCAGACAGCUAAGCAUCGUGUCUUGGAGGAGAUAGCUCGGUCAGAGUCCAAGCAUUUCCUUAUCCUGUUCAGAGAUGCUGGAUGCCAAUUCCGAGCCAUCUAUUCCUUCAAUCCUGAAACAGAAGAGGUUUACAAAUUGUAUGGCACAGGGCCAAAGCAAGUCAACGACAGAAUGUUUGAUAAAUUUUUCAAAUACAACUCUGGUGGAAAGUGUUUCUCCCAAAUCCACACCAAACACCUAACUGUGACCAUUGAUGCCUUCACCAUCCACAACUCCCUGUGGCAAGGCAAACGUGUCAAUCUUCCACCUAAAAAGGAUAUGACUCUUGUUAUUUAGGAAACUUGUUUGCAAGAGACCACAGAACCCACCCUCCAUGUUUCCUGAUAUAUGAAUGUGCUUCAGGACAUAAUUUUACCUUGUUACUCCAGUGCUCCAUUCAAAAGUGUAAGAACAGGGAAUGUUUUGUGUUACUUUUAUCAUGGGAAGUGUUGCCAUAUGUCAAUCUGGAAUCUUACUAGACAUCUAAAUUUUCAACUACCAUAAUUUGUUUUGAAAUAUGCAGCCUUUCAAUAACUUUUGUUGUCUUAUUAUUGCUUGAAGCAUUUAAAAAUUAGGUUGUGGUAAAGUUGGUCAGUAUAGACAUUUAGUCAGGUUGUUAUGCUUUGUCUGCAGCAGAACUUUGUGAACUGAACCAGAUAUACCAAGAUGCCAUUUUCAUUCACUGUGGCAAUGAUUAUGAAAUGCUUUUGAGUGACAGUAAUAUGCUAAAGAUUCUCUCUCUCUCUCUCUCUCUCUCUCUCUCUCUCUCUCUCUCUCUCUCUCUCUCUCUCUCUCUCUCUCUCUCUCUCUCUCUCUCUCUCUCUCUCUCUCUCUCUCUCUCUCUCUCAGCAAUAUGAACAUCAGACGGACUUCUUUGUGUGGCAUAUAGUCACGUGUUUCUGUGAGGAGCAGAAUGUGUUAAGUGAUAUCCUGCCAUUAGCAGCCUUUAAUGCAUGAUGCUGUAAUGAUUAGUUUUGUAGAGUGCCCUGUUGAAGCCAAAUAUAUCUAGACAAAUUGCAGAGAUUCUUCCAGCGAGGAUAAUUACUCUUUUGGGAAUUUUGGUUUUCCCACUCUGUAUUCUCAGUUGCCUGUGAGGGUACUACAAGAUCAAAGUUGGAUUUUUUACUCUAUUCCUUUUUUUAUAUGAUGAGUUAGUAUGGAGUUUGUAUUGAAAACAUGGGCUUACAGUAGUGGAUAAAAAGCAGCAAGGCAUAUAUUAUAUUUUGCAGUGUUAACUAAUGCAAUUCCAUAUAACAUUCGCUUCUCGUACUAAAUCUGUGAUUCUUGUGAUCGUUAGGUAAGACUUACAACACUUGUGUGUAAGUUGCAUCUCAUUGUAUUUUAAGAAACUAGCUUACAAGGAAUGAAAAAGAAAACCUUUGCUGGAUCUAAAAUCCUGGUGUGGCUCCAGCUCUGUUUAGUCUCAAGGAUGCAGAUGAUUCCAGCUCUUAUCAAUAUUGUGUUUUGUCAUGGACUUGUACAUAAAUGUGCAGAAGGGAAAAUUGUAAUGGACUGGAAACAUUCCAUUUUCCCAAAUACUCAGAGAUUGUAUAUCUGAACAAAGAAUUUCCAUUAGUAUGAAGAAUUUUCCAUAGCUUUUCUAUAAAGGAUUGUUAUUGUGUGUCACAUGUCUUGCGAUCCAAGAAAUUAAUCAUAUUGUACUGCUUACAUGACAUCUUCAGAUUUUCAUUAAUAUCAUCUCAUGUUUGUUUAUACAUUGAGACAUUGAAUAUUCAUUUGAAAGUUCAUCUCCAGAGGUGAAGAACAGUUUAGGAAUAAUAUUCUGUAAAGCAACUAAGCUGAUAGCCUACCUGCUGGAGAGAAGGUGCUCAUACAUUCUCUUCUCAACCUUAUUAACCAAUGAUGUACGUACAUGGUAUGGAGAUGAGCACUCCUCAGAGAGUGUGCCAGCAGCUUCAGGAGGUGAGCCAUGGUCCUCUCACCCUCGCCAAACACCUCAAGGGAAACGGGGUUGAACUAAAUAAUGAAGCAUAGUACUGAUAUCACGCUACAUUUUGAUUGUUUAUUUUUUGCCUUUUUCAGGAGUAUAUAAUGGGAUAUGUGUCAAGCUGACCUGUUGAGGUUGGGUUAUGUGUAUGGCCUCUGCACUUUGCAAGCUCUCCUUCACUAAGGGAAACUCAGGUUGUCCAACAAAUCAGCUAAAUUAGAUGGAAGGGCAAACUAACCAAAAGAUUUAUUUGAUAUUUUAAUAGCCUAAGAAUAUUGUAUCAUGUAGAAAUGACAAUAUAUAGAUAUGACAAGGUGCAACAUCCUGCUUCCCAUUUCCCAUUGGAAGAGAAGUCUGCAUGAUUACAGUGAACCAAGCCAGAUAGAUGGUGUGAGGCAAGGCAGCCAGUGUUGGGUGUGGCUGAGAGGGUGGGGGACAUUGAGUACUUGUAUGGAUUCCACUUCCUUUGGUUAAGUGUGAAGUGUACAUAUUGUUUUAUAUUUAUUCCAACAUUUCAAAAUAGGGUGGGCUUAUAGAAAACUCCCAUGUCUGCUUGUUAUUAAUGAUAACAAUAAACUCAGAUUUUUU